UUGCUUCCGUGUCGACUAGAAAUCGGCAUUUCCGGCACAUUUCAGACACAUUUUAACCGCCAGAUGUGAUUUAAUAGACCGCUUAGAGACCGCUUUCAGGUCGUCUAGACGGAUAUGAGAGGCGUGUGGUUUUAUAAGCACUUUCUCUUGGACCCAGCGUCUUCACACCUGCCGGGAUGGAUCUCGGCAAAGCAAAGCUGCUCCGGUCGGGCCUCAACGCCCUGCACCGAGCCAUCCACCCUGUGCACGGGAUCGCGUGGACGGACGGCAGGCAGGUGUGCCUGACUUCGCUCUUCUUCGUCAACGGCGAGGUGACCUUCGGCGACACCAACGUCAUCGGGCAGUUCGAGCACGUCCUCGGGCUCUUCUGGGGCCCGCUGUGCUGCUCGGACUCCCCGGCGCUGCUGGCCGUCCAGCACAAGAAGCACGUCACCGUGUGGCAGCUGCAGCUGAGCGCGCUGGAGCAGAACAAGCUGCUGUGCACGCAGACCUGCGAGAUGAGCGAGCCUUUCCCCUUGCUCUCCCAGGGCUGCGUGUGGCAUCCCAAACUGGACGUCCUGGUCGUGCUGACCAAGAAGGACACUUCCUUGCUGUUUUCGGUCAGGGUGGACAACAGGAGGAUCAAGGCGGACAUCAAAGGCAGCGGGCUCAUCCACUGCGCGUGCUGGACUAAGGAUGGCACCCGCCUGGUGGUGGCUCUGGGAAGUUCGCUGCACUCGUACAUCUGGAACGACAUCCAGAAGAGUCUGGUGGCCUGCUCCUUCUGCCCCGUCUUUGACGUGGGGGGCUACAUCUGCGCCAUGGAAGCCACGGGGGAGGCUCAAGUGGCGGUGGCUACGGAGCUGCCGCUGGACAAAAUCUGCGGGUUAAACGCCGGCAUUGCCUUCGACAUGGCGUCGGAGAGCGAGUCCCUGCACAGCCACGGAUCGAGCGCGGUGUUUUCCGAAGACGACAGCGGCGUGGACUCGAGAAGGAUAUCCUUUGAGUCGGAGAGGUCCUACAUCCCCAGCUCUGGCCCCCUAGACCUCACGCACCUCCUGGCGAGGCACCGGCGCUCCGACCCCAGCCCCCUUCUCCACCUGCGUCGCAGGGACACCAUGACCGGCUCGGGCCAGGACUCCUCGCACCUCAUCCUGGUCACCUACGAGCGCAAAGUGACCACCAGCCGCAAAGUCAGCAUCCCCGGGGUCUUGGUUCCGGACAUCGUGGCUUUCGACCCGCGCGGCUCCACGGUGGCGGUGGCCUCCAACACCUGCAACAUGGUGCUGGUGUACUGCAUCACGGCCUCCGCCAUGCCCAACGUCCAGCAGAUCUCCCUGCAGGCCAACGAGAGGCCCAAGGGGGUGUGCUUCCUCAACGACAAGACGCUGCUGCUGAUGGUGGGCCGGCAGAAGUCCAGCGAGCCGGCCUUCCUCCCGUCCUCCAACACGGACAAGUACGUCCUUCGUCUCGUUGCCAAAGAGCUGAUGCUCAACGGAGAGAUACCGCUCACGCCCCCGCCCUCCGCUCACAGCCGCGAGCCGGCUUCUAAUUUCGGCCUGAGGAUUAGGAGGCACUCGGAGCACCAGCCCAAGGACGACCGGGAGCACCAGGGGAUAAAGGAGCUGGUGCUGCCCGGCGGGGGGGUCGUUCGCUCCGGGGCCAACAGGCGCAGGCUGGUGGAGGAGGUGAGGAGCGGCGAGCUCAGCCCCGUCACCAGCUCGGCGGACUUCUCCGACCGAGCCCCCUCCAGCCCCUCCUCCUCCGUCGCGGUGGAGACUUUCGACGUGGACCACGUCAACCGCAUGUCCUGCCUGGGGGUGGCCGGCCAGGCCAGCAGAGACUCCAGCCGGGCCGGCUCCCCCCGCCACGAGCCGUCGGACAAGCUCCACACGGACCCCACGCUGCCCUUUCCCGAAAAGGCGGCGGGGGGCCCCGCCAAGGAGCGCGCGCUGGAGCAGCUGGUGCACAACGUGGAGAGGCUGUUCGGGCGCUUCGCGGACGUGCAGCAGUGCCUGGCGGAAAUCCGCGAUUACAACCAGAAUGGCAGGAAGCCCCCGGGGGUCUACCCCGCCGCCUCUGAGCCGCCGUACGUCAACGUCACGUGUCAGAAGCAGUUAUCGGAGAACGUGUUCAUCGACGAGCGGAGGCCGGUGCUGCUGUGUGAGGGGAAGCUGUGUCUGCGCGUCCUGCAGGACCUCUUCACCCUCACCAUCGUGGAGAUGAUGUAUGGUCCGCUGUGGGUCGUCCUCGUGGCGGACGCGGACGGCUUCGUGCCUCUGACCUUCAGGCCCAAAGAGGAGCUGACGGUGCGCAACGGGAAGCGGAAAACUAACCUGCGGACUCCCGACAGUCCGGAGGACUCCGUCCCCUCCAGCCCGGCCCCCGGCCAGGGCCCCCACGCCGCCACGGACUCCUGCGCCUAGUGCCCCCCAGCUGGCGGGUCCACGCAGCCGUCCUCACUUCCAAUAUGUUUCACCAAGAUCACCAAAGUUAUACGUCGGAUGUAUUUUUCUACUUGAAGGACAGUAGCGAGUGGCUCGUGUUUCAUGUAAACGUUUGGUGUGGUUCUGGAAUUAAUGGAACGCCGCAGAAAUCCCACAUUUUUAAUGAAACUCAUCGAAAACCUCUGCAUUGGCUCUUUUGUGCUGAAAGUUCUCCCCUCAAAUGAAUGUGUUACACACGUGUUUAGUUUAACAAUUGCAUUCAUCUAAAAUGUCAUUAAGAACACUGAAACCCAGCUGGCCACCAGAGGGGGCCGGACUCCAUCAGAACUCUACACAAGCCCAAAUAAGUGUGAAAGUUGUGCAGCUCGAGCAACAACAUCUUUUUGAAACACUAACCAGCAUUAACUAGUGUGCAACAUUUAGUUUUUGACUCCAUGGAAGAAACACACCACCCACGUCUAUUUGGUCUAACCAACCUCUACAAC